AUGCAGUCCUUCCGAUUCCAAAUGCCACGCGCAGUGCGCGCCUUCUCCACCACCGCUCCCCGCCCACUCGCCAGAAUGCAGAUUAUCGGCCGUUUGGCUGACACCCCAGAGGUGUUCGCGACAUCGAACGGAAAGGAGAUUGUGAGAUAUGCGCUUGGUGUGCAGCAGGGGCCAAGAGAUGCGGAGGGCAACAGGACGACGAGCUGGUUCAGAGUUGCGAGCUUUCAGGAGGGGCCUCAGAGGGACUUGCUGUGCAGUCUGCCAAAGGGCACCCAACUCUACGUGGACGCAGAUGCUCGCAUGGACACAUACGAGGUCGACGAUGGCCAGAAGAGAACAGCUCUCAACCUUUUGCAGCGCAGCUUCGAGACCCUCAGCCGACCAAAGAACCAGCAAGACGGCGCCAGCGAAGCCGCACAAGCAGCAGCAGGCCCAGAGGCCUAG